AUCAUUUCUUCGGAAUUCUUCCCUCUGCCACUCACACUCACACAAAACCUAUACAUACAUACACUGUAUAUACACAUAUACAUACAGAUACAGAUUAAUCAUUAAUCACAUAAACAAAAGAAAUGGUGUGGAUGACGCCGACUCUUUCGGCUACAAUCUCCCGCCUAAAUCUAUUGACAAACACUCUAUCACAUAAUUAUCAACACACCAUCAAAAUCUUUAAAACAUUAUCAAAUUCAAAACCAAGACCUCAAAAAUUACCUUUUAAAACUUCAUUUUCAUCCACUAAUUUCAACUCUAAAAAUUCAGUAUCAAAAAUGGGUCUUAAAGAUAGUUUGGUUGUUUUGGGAAUUGAGACUAGUUGUGAUGAUACUGCUGCUGCUGUUGUUAGAAGUGAUGGUGAAAUCCUUAGCCAAGUUGUAUCUUCUCAGGCAGAUCUUCUUGCCAAGUAUGGCGGAGUAGCUCCAAAGAUGGCAGAAGAAGCUCAUUCACAAGUGAUUGAUCAGGUAGUACAGGAAGCACUUGAUAAGGCUAACUUGAAGGAGACAGAUCUUUCUGCUGUUGCAGUUACUAUUGGUCCUGGGCUAAGCCUGUGUCUACGAGUUGGUGUGCAGAAAGCCCGCAAAAUUGCUGCUACUUACCAGUUGCCAUAUGUUGGUGUGCAUCACAUGGAAGCUCAUACUUUAAUAGCCAGGCUGUGCGACAAAGAUUUGGAGUUUCCUUUCAUGGCACUUCUUAUCUCAGGAGGACAUAAUCUCAUAGUUCUUGCACGUGAUCUUGGUCAUUACUUACAACUUGGAACUACUAUUGACGAUGCUAUUGGUGAGGCAUAUGACAAGUCUGCAAAGUGGCUUGGCCUUGAUUUGAGGAGAAGUGGCGGGCCCGCCAUAGAGGAGCUUGCUCGACGCGGUGAUGCUAAUUCUAUAAAAUUCUCUGUUCCAAUGAAACAACAUAAAGAUUGCAAUUUCUCGUAUGCUGGUCUAAAGACUCAAGUAAAGCUUGCAAUUGAAUCCAAAAAGAUUGAUGCUGGCAUCCCCUACUCUUCUGCUAGUAUUGAAGAUCAAGGCCUACGAGCUGAUAUUGCCGCCUGUUUUCAGAGAGCUGCUGUAUUGCAUCUAGAGGAAAAGUGUGAACGAGCUAUUCAAUGGGCAUUAGAGAUUGAGCCUUCAGUUAAACACUUGGUUGUCUCAGGAGGUGUUGCAUCGAAUCAAUAUGUGAGGGCUCGGCUCCAUGAGGUUGUUGCAAGGAGCUCCCUUCAACUUGUCUGCCCUCCACCAAGUCUCUGCACAGACAAUGGGGUAAUGAUUGCCUGGACAGGCAUUGAGAACUUCCGCUUGGGAAGAUACGAUCCUCCACCACCUGCCGUUGAACCCGAGGACUGUCAGCUUGAUUUGAGGCCAAGGUGGCCGUUGGGGGAGGAAUACAGUAGAGGAAAAAGCAUAGCUCGGUCAAUGAAAACGGCUCGUAUCCAUCCAUCUCUUACUUCUCUUACCCAAGCUUCUCAACACCAAUGUUUAUAACCUCCACUAGCUCGCAUUCAUAUUCUUCCAGCUUUUGGUUUCUUUGACGUAAAAUGCUUAUAUUUGAAUGUUUUUGUCUUCGUAUGCUUGGUAACCUAACAAAUGUUGUUGGUUUGAGUUAUAGGUUAUUAUAUAGUCUGUAGGCAUAUAUAGAAAUGUAUCUCAACCUUAUAUAUGUAUCGACCAACUAUUGUAAAACUGAUUGUUGUAAUUUUGUAACCCUCAUUUUUAUUCUGA